AUUCCCUUCAUACUUCUAAGUUUGCGCACAACUAGUAGCCCGAGACUACAGAAAUGAGUGAACAGAGCUACAAGAAUAUUAUCCUUGUUGGUGGAGGAGGCUCAUUGGGUAGUGUCCUUCUAAAGUCCCUGCUGUCCGAACCCACAUUCAAUGUUACGGUCCUCACCCGGGAAUCGUCCAAAGCCCGUGCCAGUAUUCCCUCUACAGCAACGAUCAUCACCAUCGCGGAUUCAUAUCCGCCGGAAGAUCUGGUUAAGGCUUUCCAAGGCCAGGAUGCUGUCGUGAACGCGACCACUAGUUUCUCUGUGGCAGAGCAGCUGAAGUUCAUUGAUGCUGCUAUCGCUGCCAGGGUCAAACGAUUCGUGCCCUCCGAGUAUGGGCUAGACAAUAACACGCCAGCGGCCCAGGAGCUGUCCCGCGUCUUCAAAGACAAGGGACAAGUGCAAGCGUAUCUACGGACAAAAGAGUCUAGUGGACUGACAUGGACGUCCAUUGCCUGUGGCAUGUGGAUCGGCUGGUCUCUCCGCAAUAACUUUCUGGGUCUGGACUACCCCAACCGAACUAUCACCUUCACCGAUGAAGGAACCGGCAAAUUCUCCACGACCACUCUCAACAAUACGGCCCUGGCCCUGAACCGAAUCCUUUUAAACCCGACCUCCACAGCUAAUCAAAUUGUCUUUACCAGCGACUUUGCAACCUCUCAGCAGGAACUCGUCAAGACUAUUGAGCGUCUGACCGGGGAGCAAUGGCAGCGGAAGUCUAUUCAGACCAAGGAGCUAAUCCCAACCCUCCAGGCGGCUUGGGAGCAAGGCGAUGCUUCUGCUGGGUAUGGCUUGAUCAACAUCGGCUUUACUCAGGGAAAAUACAGUGGUCACUUCGAACCUGUUCACCCGGUGCGCAAUCAAGAGCUCGGGUUACCGGCAAAUGGCUUGGAGGAUGUGAUCAGGGAAGCGCUGGCGGAGGUCGGACAUCCUGGAUUCUGAUGGUACUCAUGAGCCAAGUCCUUAGACGAAGGCAGCCGCUGCUGAUACUAUCUCUCAAAUUGAGAUGAACUCUGACAAUCGUGCUUCGCUUGUUGUGCUGCUU